AGAACAAAAUAUAACAAAAUUACCAAAAUGGAAUACGCUGUGGACGAAGAGUAUUUGACGGAUAUAAAGUGCAGCGAGGACGAGGAUGAUGAUGAGGACAUGCAGGAGACGGACGAUCUCCCCGAGGGGGAUGACUCCCCUCCGCCAUGGAACGCCGAGGACUCGGAUCCCCUGCAGGUCACAGCCGAUGCAGACCCUUUCCCAUGGCUGUUUGAGGAGAACGAUAUACUGAUUAACGAAGAUGAAUUGGACCAGGUGGUGGCGACGCCAGCGGAAUCGGGAGGAGCUGUCGUUAAACGAGGACGAGGACGUCCCUCAUUAAAAGUGUUCUUUAAAUCAGCCAGCGGACAGCGGUGGUCUGCAGAUAGGACGGCCGCUGCGGAGGAGCCCCCUUUGUUGGUGCACGAGGCGUGUGGCAAGGGACCCGCUGUCACCGUUUCCAAUGCCGUCGAGUCCUGGAUACUGCUGUUCGACGAUGAAAUGAUGCGUUUCCUGGUACGCCAUGUCAACGAACAGUUUCGGAAGCGGACUGCCCAAUCCCUCCACCAGCGUCAAAUAGAUGUGGUCGAGAUGCGUUCCUUCCUCGGACUGACCUACCUAUGUGGUGUGUUCAGAAAUGGCCAGUUCAAUGGGCCCCUGGAUGAGCUGUGGACUGUGGAACUGGGCAAUGCCAUAUUUCGGGCCACCAUGACGUUCCAACGGUUCGAGUACAUAUCGGAGUCUCUUAGCGAAAUCAACAGCUGGGCGGAGGGCAAGAAGCUCUGGCACAGGCUGAUAAUCAACUCCCGAACGUAUUACGGCUGCAGCAGCUGGAUAACUGUAGAUGAUGUUCCCUGCUCUGUGGCCGAUGCAACACUGGCCCUCUGCUGCGAUGCCAAGACCUUGUAUAUGGCCAAUGCUUCGGCCACCACACAGCCACAGUCCAUUCACAAAGAAGUCGAAAAGCUGAUCUGCGACUACAAGACCACGGGAAGAAAUGUUACGCUGGGAUCGCGCUACUUGAGUCUAUCCCAAUGCCAGGAGCUAAUGGAAUCUCAGCUGAGCUCGAUAGGACUGAUGGAGACUACAGCCGCAGACUGGCCCAAAUUGUGGCCCUGUGGGAGUACCGUUUACAACCGAUCGUCCAAGCUAGUUCCACACGAAAAAAAAGCCCUGCUGUGCUGUGGUCUCAUCUCCGAAGUGGAUGCCGUCAAACUUUUUCGACACACCGAACAGACCUGUCACCAGUUUUAUGAGCACUCGCAACGAUACAGCACCAAGUUCGCAACGCCUGCGUCGCUGGAGAAAGAGUCCCAUACAUUCCUGAAUCUGUUGCAUCUUGUUCUCAACACAGCAGCCUUCAAUGCAUGGAUACUCCUGCGACUAUCACUCAAAGGUGAUGCCAGAAUGGAGCAGCGUGACUUUCAGCGGCAAUUGGGUCUGUUUCUUAGCCAGCAGCGGCUCCAGAGGCGACUUCAGAGACGCUCUACAACGACCACGUUGGGAAUGCGACUUCAGAUCUGCGAAAUCCUGGGCCAAUCCACACAGCGACUGAUCAGCGAGGUGUGCGGUGAGGCUAAGAGGUCUCAAGACGUAGGCGUGAUCAGUUUGGAGAAGGCCGCUUUGCCUCAGGGUGUGAGUCUGUGCAGUCGGUAUGGCGACAAGCAUCGUCGGUGUAAGCCCUGUUCCAAGGACAAGAGGGAGACAAAGGCGCGAUCGCGUUGCCAGCAGUGUCAAGCCCAUCGUUGUGGCAAUCAUUUAAUUUCGCGCUGCUAUGAAUGCAUGGGUCUCCAGCCGGCGCAGCUGCCAGAGGGAAACUUGCCCGAUGCCACGGACAUUUGAAACUGACAUUCAAUAACAUUUAUUAAAGAGACACUGAGACAUUC